AUGCAAAGGACCACCCCCUUCCUCCGUUCUUCUGCCCCCUCUCUCCUCGGCAGGACCUCGUCGCGCGGGUUCGCUAGUGCUGCUGGCCACGGCGCCCACGGCAACCACGCCUACGGCUACUACUCUGCUGCUGGCUUCGGUGUUGUGAUUGUUGCCCAUCUCAUCAUCGCUCUCCAAGCGCACGAACACGAGCACCGCCACGAGUACUCGCACAUGCACCAGAUGAGAAAGAAAUUCCCGUUCCGCGAUGGAACCACCCCCCUUUUCGGGGAGAUGGAAGCCCCCGAGACCAAGGUGGAGCGCCGCACCCACGAGGAAGAGCGCGAAGAUGACGGACAGCCUCAAGAACACGACCCCUCGUACGAGGAAGAUCCCCCCGAGGAGGCGGGAGCGCAGGGCGAAGCGGCCGAAGAGGAAGAAGACCAAGGGCUGGAAGACAAGCUCCAGCGACUCAACCUCAUGCUGCAGCAGGCGACGGCCUACUCUCAAUUCAUCUCGCAGCGGAUUCGCCUCCCUGGCCUCCCAAAUCAGCUCCCUCCUGAAGCAGUGCCGGUGGCCAGCAGUAGCACGGGCAGGUCCACCACGCCCAACAAAAACAAAGGCAAAGGCAAGAGCGGCAAGAGGCCCCGCCCCGAGGACUCGGAGAAGGGAGAGGGUGAGGAGGAGGAGGAGGAGGCCAAGCAGCAGAGCGAGCAGAACGGAGGCAAGAGGAAACGACAAAAGACGGACGCCAUCGGACAGCCGGAAAUGCUCACGGGCGGGGCGCUCCGCGACUACCAGCUCACUGGCGUGGCGUGGCUUGCUUCCCUCUACGAGAAUGGCAUCAACGGCAUCCUCGCCGAUGAGAUGGGCCUGGGCAAGACGAUCCAGACGGUGGCGUUCCUGACGUACCUCUAUGCGAAGGGGGUGAAGGGUCCGUUUCUGGUCGUCGGUCCUCUCUCGACGUUGGCCAACUGGGUGAAGGAGAUCCAAAAGUGGGCGCCCGCCAUGCCCGUCCUGCUCUACCACGGCACCAAGGACGAACGGAUCGAGCUGCGGAAGAAGGCGCUGCCCGCCAUCAUCUCCAGCAAGCAGGGCAUCGUCGUCACCUCCUUUGAAAUCACCAUCAAGGACCGCAGCGCCCUGCAGCGGAAGCGGUGGAAGUACAUCAUCCUCGACGAGGGCCACCGCAUCAAGAACAUGAACUGCCGCCUCGUCAAGGAGCUGAAGGCCUACGACAGUGCCAAUCGGCUGCUGCUCACGGGCACGCCGCUGCAGAACAACCUGACGGAGCUGUGGUCGCUGCUGUCGUUCCUGAUGCCGAGCAUCUUCGACGACCUGGAGGCCUUCCAGCGGUGGUUCAACUUUGAGGGCGUGGGGCGCGAGGAGGGCAACCGGCGGAUCCUCACGGCGGAGCGGGAGAACCAGCUGGUGACCAAGCUGCACACCAUCCUCCAGCCCUUCCUGCUGCGGCGGAUCAAGACGGACGUGGAGAUGGACCUGCCGAAGAAGGAGGAGCGUAUCAUCAACACGAUCCUCACGCCGGCGCAGCAGCGGCUCUACCAGGCCACCCUGGACAGGCAGCUGCACGAGCUGCUGGCCACGUCCAAGGCCAAGGCGCGGUGCCAGCGUGGCACGGGCCUGCAGAAUCUGAUCAUGCAGCUGCGCAAGUGCUGCAACCACCCGUACCUCUUCGAGUGGCCCGUGGACGACCAGGGCGAGGAGGUGGUGGACGAGCGCCUCGUCGAGACCUCCGGCAAGCUGCAGAUGCUCGACCGCCUGCUCCCGCGGCUGCGCGAGGAGGGUCACAAGGUGCUCCUCUUCUCGCAGAUGACCCGCAUGCUCGACAUCCUCGAGGACUACAUGCACCUCCGCCAGUUCCCCUUCUUCCGCCUCGACGGCACCACGCCCCAGCCCGAGCGCCAGGCCCAGAUCGAGGAGUUCAACAACACCACCACCACCAACACCAUCAACACCUCCUCCUCCUCCUCCACCACCACCACCAGCAGCAGCAACAACAACGGCAACACCGCCGGCACCGAAGACGGCGGCGCCUUCUGCUUUCUCCUCAGCACUCGCGCCGGCGGUCUCGGCAUCAACCUCACGGCAGCCAACGUGGUCGUGUUCGUCGACUCGGACUGGAAUCCGCAGAUGGACCUCCAGGCGCAGGACCGCGCGCACCGCAUCGGCCAAACCCGCAACGUGCGCGUCUACCGCCUCGUCACCGGCAACUCCAUCGAGGCCAAGAUCGUAGAGCGCGCCGCACACAAGAUGAAGCUCGGCGCGCUCGUCCUGGCCGGCACCGCCCACGCACGCACUACCAGUGCCGCCAACGCCAACGCCAACGCCACCGACGACGACAAGCUGGACGAGCUCUCUGACCUGCUCCACGACUCCACGCUCCUCCAACCCCUCACCGAGCCUCCCCCGAUCACCGACGAGCUCCUCUUCGACUGGGACUGA